AUGGAGUCAUCUUUGCUUCCAGCUGCUCCUCCAAACGAGCUUCGCAUCGAAACUUGCACCUCCAUCUUGACACCGAUCGACACUGCCGAUGCUGAUCCUGAGCUCCCCGCUGUCGAAGCUGCUCAGCUCUCACCCAAAGUGGACCGAAUCCGUCAUCACCUUAUUCCCGCUCGCACCGCCACCUGUGUUCGUGCACCAUGUUUGAAGCGACAGGCCUCAGUGCCCAUCUCGUCGAUCACCACCAAUUUGGCCGCUAGCCGACUCGAGCCCGCUCCCAUCCAGGACUGUGUUGCAUCGAACUCUUUGCCAACAUCGUUUGCUCCUCCCCGCAGCCUCGUCUUGCACGACAGCUCUCGCCAUGUCCACUUCGACGAUUUACCUCCCGAAGAGUUCUAUGUCCUCUCAGGCGAAUCGUAUGACCGUCGUCCUAUCAAGUGCACACAGGGAGGAUCCGAGUUCGACAUGAGUCUCCCUCCUCGUUGCUCGUCUUACAACGGUGAUGAUGCCAACGACGAGGACGCCUCUUCUACUGACGAUGGCUAUGUCGCUAUGGAGUCGGCUGAAGAGCCUGCUCCCGAUGUUGGCUUCUUCCGUGAUCCCUCCCUGGAGAACUGGGCAUGCAUCAAGAAUGGCACGGAUACCGCCGCCAUCGGAUAUCAGCCUCGCCAGCAACAGUCGGGUCUCAUGGCUAGUGGCAGGUCGCUCCACUUUUCAGCUUUGUCGUCACUGCAGCAGGCAUCUGCUCUCGGUCUCGACUCGCCGUGUUCUCAAUCGCCUGUCUCGUCUCAGAAGGUCAGCUUGCCAGUCCACGGCUUUCGUUCCUUUGGUGGUCUUCAAAACAGUUUGGCACCCGAGGUCACUUUCGUCCUCGCUCCCCUCUCCUCACAGGAGACUGUUUCCAGCGCUGAAACCACUCCUCUGGCCUUGGGCAACUUUUCACCCGAUGCCACGCCCAUGCCCAGCCCCAGCCUGCACAAGUCAAUAGGUGCCCUGUCAAGCGUCAACUAUUUUGCUGUCGGCUCGGACUCUGCAGCAGAGCAACGUAAAACGAAUGCGUCGUCCAUCGACGCAACACUGGCAUCUGAGAAUGCACACAAUGCUAUGGAAGUGUUGCGAGAUGCAUCUCCUCCCACCGAAUCGGCAUGGAAAGCAACGCGCGACUUUCGCAGGACACAGCCUGUCCUGACAACAAAUGGUCUUGGCAGUCCAACAUGGGCCAAGCCAGUGCCUAUCCUGGUCAACGCUGCUGACGCCAGUGCACAGUCGACGCCACGUCGCUUAGGCUUGGAAAGGAGGACGGCUGAAAAGGAUGCCUCGCGGAUCUCGAGCCUUCACCCGACUACGGCAGCAUUGAAUGGUACAGGCAUCGGCAGUGGCAGCAACAACGGCGCCUCUGCAUCGUCUCCUGGCUGGUCUGGUCUUGUGGGUAUCACCUCUUCUCCUCUCUCCUCGCGAUGUUCCUCGGUCGACCCUUGGAGCAGUCUGAGCAGCGAUGGCGAUUGCGAUGACACCGAGUCACCUGGCAACGAGACUAGCUGGAUCAGCAGCAACUGCACCAGCCCUGAGCUGGGCCCUUUUGAGCAAAUGGUCGAAAGUUUCCACCAGCAGAAGAAUGGCUCAGCUACCUCUUCCGGACCUGGCUCUCGGCCCUUGGCACAGCAGCAACCCAACGGCGGAUCCAAGCUGGGCAAAGUGUCGGUCAAUGAAGUUGAUGACUUGGAUCAUGAACUCAACAUGCCCAAGAACACCGACUGUGCAGAUGAGGCCAACUUCUCGUCUUCUGUUGAGACGGCGCACACGGUCAACUGGGAGCAAAAGCACAUGCCGCUUCAAACUACAGCUGGUCUCUUUGGUGGACUUUCGAGCGGCGAGAUUUCGAUGUCGGAAGCAACAACGCCAGAUUCGUCUCGUCGACCCAGCUUCCACCAUCAAGAGAUGCCCUCGCAUCGCAUGUCGCCGAGGAUGCGAUCGAGUUUCGGUGAGCGCGAAAAUGCUGUUGCGGAUCAUCUUGAUGAAGAUGACUCGAACAAGCUGCAAGUGCGAUCGCUGAGCAGAGAUGGACAUGCCAAGAAGAAGUCGAGCAAGUGUCGGUUCUGCCGAUCGUUGCGACAGCGCAUCAAGGCGUCAAGCACAGACUCUUCGGCUCCCACUUCUUCGGGGGGUUCAGCACAGAUGACGGAUGCUGAGAGCGAGAUGGAUUGCGAACUCAAAGCAUCAUCAGCCACUACUCGCUCUGAGGCGCAGAAGGGGUUCGGUCAUCAUCGUGAUCCGACCAGCUCGGCCGAAGUGUCCGAGAUGGAAGAUGAGGACGCUUCUCGUUCGCGCUCAUCCAUCUCACAGCUGCGGGCUAGUGUACGAUCGUUGAGCAUGGACGAGUGGACCUCUGGCACAUCUCGCUCGCAGUCUCGAGAUGGAAUGGUACUCUCACACUUGGCGAUCGCUAAGGACGCGUUGCACGAACGCGAAUCGACCAACUCUCCAGGUGAGAGCUGUUCCGAGUCGCCACACUUGGAAUCAGUCAAUUUGCCCACCAUGUGUACGUGCAACAAGAAGAAGGAGAAGGAGCGGAUGAAGAAAAAGAUGCAUAAAGAGCGCGAGUUGGAGCGCGAACGAGAUCGAGAAUGGGAGCGAGACCAGGCGAGAGGAAGACAAAAGAAGCUGUUCGGCGAAAGCUUUGGCGAUGCUGAUACCAGUUGUCUUUCUGCUUUGGAUGGGUUUUGA